AUGCGUAACGUUGAAAUAAAAGCAAAAGUUCACGACGUUGAAAAAAUAUGCAAAAUAGCCGAAGAAUUGAGCGGUGCACCAUGUACUGUUAUUCACCAGGAUGAUAUUUUCUAUAAAGUAAACAAUGGGCGCUUAAAAAUGAGAAAUUUUCCGGAUUCUUCUGCAGUUUUGGUUAGAUACAGUCGUGUUGAUGAAGGUGGACCAAAACUGAGUGAUUACGAACUGUUGGAAUUUUCUGCUUCUGAUAGUGAUAAAGCUAAACUUCUCGAUGAAAUGUUACAAAAAUGUUUAGGUAUUCGAGGUCGUGUUAUUAAGGAACGAAAACUUUAUUUAGUUGGACAAACAAGAAUUCAUGUUGAUACCGUACGAAACCUGGGGAGUUUCAUGGAGUUAGAAGUGGUGCUGAAGCCUGAACAGACCUUGGAGGAAGGUCAGGCAAUUGCAAGAGACUUACAAAUCAAACUUGAUGUGAUGGAUGAAGACUUGUUAGAAUGUGCUUAUAUGGACUUAUUAGAGAGGAAGCAAUAA